ACCGCACGUGGCAGCUUACAAGGCCAGGCCCGAUUCUGGGCCCGCCGCCCGCCCACCAUUUUGGAGCCGGGCAGGGGAACUCGUGCUAAAUCUAAUCCCCUUCCUUGCACACCCUUUCCUAGGCGCUGAUCUCAAGUUUGGGGAAAGAAGGAAGGAAAGAGGGAAGAGAGGAUGCUAUCUGCCCCAUUACUGGGAGAAGUCUGCCCUUCCUGCAGGACGAGCCGUUACGCAGAAUUCACCGUUCAUGCCAGAGCCCUAACUCAAGAUGGCGGCGUAGAGGCUACGCUAGAAAGGAAAAGGAAUCGAGAGCCGAGGCUGGCCACGUGACCACUCUCCCGCGCCUGGCUCCGAGUCUCAGUUUUAAGGAGCCACUGUUCAUAAAGACGAAGGUGGGUGAGGGGCGGAGCGAGGAAUGGCAGCGGCAGUGCAUGACGGACACCGUCGCUCCGUCCCUCCAACCUUCGGCUAGGUCUGGUAUGUGGGACACGAUAAAACUACUAGUCUAGAGAAAGCUCGCUGGACUGCCGCCCGCCACGUCGUGGCGCCGCAAGGAGCUGUCAAAAGGCUGCGGCCCACGAAAGGACACUCUGAAAAAACCCAUUGACAUUUGAAGUAAAAGAGGGAGAACUUUGGAACAAAUUAUAUUCCAUAUAAAGUUAGAGCCUAAAAAAUGCAGUCACUAUCAAGCAUAUGCAAGAAACUUGGAAGAUCAAGUAGGUUCUUUGUAGAACUAGCUCCUUCUGUGGGUUUCUCUACUUCGUGUUACUUUUGUAGCCAGAAGAAGAAAAAAAACCCUUAUCAAGAAGUUGACCAAAACAAAUACUCUAAUUUAAUACGUUCUAUUAUAUCAACCAAAAUUAGUUCUCAGACACCAGAAUCAUUGUUUCAAGAAGAUGAUUUAUUAUAUGGACCUGUGAGUGAAUGUAAGGUCCAAGAGCAAGAAUCAGGACCAAUAAAAAAUACAAUUCUUCUCCUCAAUCCAGAAAAAAGAAAUGGAUCAAACACUCUAACUGAUUCCUCAGUUCCUUUGAAAAUACCAUUGCAAAAGAAUAAAAUGCCUAGUGUUACUAGAAUCCUUCAGCAAACCAUGACAGCAAAACAAAUCUUAACCCUAGAGAGGUGGAAACAGAAAAUGAUUCUGGAGCUGGGAGAGGAUGGCUUUGCAGAAUAUACUUCAGACAUCUUUUUGCAAGGGAAACAUUUCCAUGAAGCAUUAGAAGCCAUGCUUUCAUCCCAAGAGCAAUUAAAGGAAUUAGAUGAAAAAACUAUUAGCUCUGGCUAUGUAGCAAGUGUCCAACAUGUCUUAAAAGACCUAAGUGGAGUAAGAGCUGUAGAAAGUGCAGUUCAUCAUGAGACCCUUAAGUAUCUGGGCCUAAUGGACUGUGUAGCUGAAUAUCGGGGUAAGCUAUGUGUGAUCGAUUGGAAGACAUCAGAGAAACCAAAACCAUUUAUCCGGAACACAUUUGACAACCCUUUACAAGUGGUAGCAUAUGUUGGAGCCAUUAACCACGAUGCCAACUAUAACUUUGAGGUUCAAUGUGGUUUAAUUGUGGUGGCCUACAAAGAUGGAUCCCCUGCUCACACACAUUUCAUGGACUCAGAGCUCUGUUGUCAAUACUGGCCCAAAUGGCUGCUUCGACUAGAAAAAUAUACAGAAAGAGAAAAGAACCAAACCACUCCGAAUCCAGACUAGGAUAUAGGAUGAUGUUCAAGCCCAGUUUACCCUUUCUCACAGUUUGGGGAAAAAUAUGCUUUAGUAAUUUAGUGAAUCCAGGAUCUCAUUGAUGGAAGUACUCCCUCACCCCUUUACUAACUACUAAAAUCUAAAAGUGGUAAUGCUUAAAUGUUGGAUUUUUUUUUUUUAAUGUUGAUAAUGGCUACCACAUUAUCACCAGCUAAGGGAACGCUGAUUUUUAGGUGUGAAAACAUGGCUCUCCAGUCAGUUCACUGAAACUGAAAUGAAUGAAAAUCUAGACUUUUUAGUUGAAGAGCUAUCCAUCAAUACAAGAAAAACCAGCUAUAUUACUUUGUCUUGUGUUAAUAACACAAUCAUUAUUUCUCUGAAAAGAAAGAAAAUUGAUUGAACAAAGACUUUAGUUAAUCUUGGACUAUGUUGUAAAAUUUUUUAUGUCAUUUUCAUUCUGAACAUUAAAGGACUAUAUCCUAAUGUACCCAGAAUGUAGGAGCUCAAGAAGUCUUUGUUGAUAGAGUUUAGUGAACAAAGCCUAUGCCUAAGUAACAUUUGUAUUUUUCCCCAACUACCAAUGACCACUAAUAAAACUUGUAAAUUUCG